AUGGCUUCCUAUCAUUCACAAACGCAAUCUCGCUCUGCUGCUCCGCACACCUACCACCCCCAUCAAGCAGCCAACGCUGCCUCAAUGGCCUCCUCCGCGCCAGCUGGCACGUUCGUGCCGGGCACCAAAGUGCAAGUCGGCAACCACCGAGUGGUAAUUGAGAAAUAUCUGUCCGAAGGUGGAUUCGCACAUGUAUACGUCGUCAAGCUUCCACACCCCGUCGACGGCGUUGAGACGGCGGUCUUGAAGAGAGUGGCCGUCCCCGAUAAGACAGCCCUAGCAGGCAUGCGAACCGAAGUCGAAACAAUGAAGAAGUUGAAGGGUCAUCGACAUAUCGUUACUUAUAUUGACUCGCAUGCAUCGCAACUAAAGGGCGGUGGAUACGAAGUUUUUCUUCUCAUGGAAAACUGUCAAGGGGGCGGUCUGAUAGACUUUAUGAACACUCGUUUGCAACAUCGUCUCACCGAGCCGGAGAUUCUAAAGAUAUUCUCCGAUGUGUCUGAAGGCGUGGCAUGCAUGCACUAUCUGAAACCACCGCUUCUGCAUCGAGAUCUUAAGGUCGAAAAUGUUCUUAUAUCGCUAGCACCAGGUAAAUCGCCGCUGUACAAGUUAUGUGAUUUUGGCUCCGCUGCUCCUCCCCGACCGGCUGCUACGUCUACGGCAGAGGGCAGGCUGAUUGAAGACGAUAUUCAACGACAUACUACCAUGCAAUAUCGAAGUCCCGAGAUGAUUGACGUCUAUCGAAAGCAACCCAUCGACGAGAAGAGUGAUAUUUGGGCGCUCGGUGUUUUGCUGUAUAAACUUUGUUAUUAUACGACUCCGUUUGAGGAUGUGGGCCAGAUGGCUAUUCUCAAUGCUAGCUACAAGUUUCCUUCAUACCCUAACUUUUCUGAUCGGCUCAAAAGGCUAAUUGCGUCAAUGUUGCAAGAAGAUCCUCGAAAAAGGCCUACGAUAUAUGGUGUCUUGAAGGAAGCAUGCAACAUGCAAGGCAAAGAAGUUCCCAUACGUGACAUCUAUGCCGAACGUACUCAGUCUGAAUCCCGGCGUAACCAAGAAUUACCUCCCCCUUCUUCCGAAGUCCCACGUGUCGGCGCUGUCUUCUCGCCCCCAAUGCAGGAGACUCAGAUCAUACCUGAAAUAGCUCCAAUGCGGAGAGGUCGUCCGUCGAAACCUUCGUCGCAACAGAAUUCCGCGCAUCCAAGUCCUUCUCCAUAUCGUGCACGAUCUAACAAUGAUCCAUUCGCAGCCCUAGAUGGUAACAAGAGAAACAGCCAAAAUGCGGAUGAGUUGGCAGCUCGGUUCCCAACCCUCGACCAGUUCUCAUUACUGCAUGAAAAGGGCGGAAAGUUUGAUUUUGAGCCGACAACUGAAAAGAAACCGGAAGCAGACGAUCUCUCUCAGCGGGUGACCAAUGCGCUGGCGGAUGAUGCAUUCGUCAAACCUGCUUCCUCUUACUUACCAGCAAAGGAAGAGGUUGAAAGCCAUAGAGCCGUUUCGGCAUCCGUUGCCGAACAAGCACAGAAUCGUCAGUCACGCAGUCUCAAAACCGAAGAACCAUCAUCACGACAAGCUUCUACUCAACGACCAACAAUGGUAUCGACUGGUACAAUGACGGAAAGUCCACCACCAACAAUAUCAGACAAUCGAUCUUCUAUAAGUCGACCACCUUCGGGUCGCCCAGUAUAUAAGUUCCCGCCACCGUCCCAAGACCGACAACAGUCCGAUCGGCCAUGGAGUACAGAUACCGACAAACCAUCGCCAGGGUUGGGUACUGUACCUUCUCAGACGACAAAGAUACAGGUUGUGGAGCCCAAACCGCGGGUGUCAUCUGAGGACAUCUCACGAACUCAAAGCUCAGCUCGACUGUCUAUGGAGACUACGAGACCUUCGUUCCGUGAACUAGGCGAUGCUCUGAACCGUCCACAGUCCGCAAAUUCUCGUGUUCGACCUUCCAGCGUACAUCUUGGAGGAAGAUUUGAUCCGUCUUCUACGAGAGAGCCAGUGCGGAUCCCUGCAUUGGACGCGCGUCGUCUAGAUUAUGAAGGCGGAGAGCCGUUGAAGCAUGCCCGCACGGACGGAGAUUAUGACCCUGAACGAACAAAUAUAACCUCGGAUGUGGAUUACCUACGAGCGCGUGAGGAGGAGGAAAUUGCUCGGAAGAAGGAGAAACGUCUGAGCGGCAGUUCAUCAAAGCAUGUCAAGCGCGGGAGUUUAUCUUCACUGGCCCAUUCUGGAAAGGGUCUUCUUACGGGACGAUUUGGCGAUGCUUUCCGUCGGUUCGAACAGAAUACUUCCGAUAACAAGAGUCGCACCCCUUCUCCCGGUGAAGCAGACAAGCAAUUGACUCCUAUUGCUGGGUCUGAGGCGACGGAUGACCGAAGUGAUGAUGAUGAUAUUUUGGGAUCGGAGGCGACCGAUAUCUCUCCCGAGAUGAGACGGGAGUUGGAACGUAGGCGACUAUCACAAGAGGAGAAACGAGUAGCCAAUGCAGCUGCCGAAUAUCGACUUCGAGUUGCCGGGCGAGGAACCGGGGGCCGAGAAGGGACCAAAUCCCCCGCCAUUCAAAACAGAGUCCAGUCACUCCUCCAGGAUAACAGUCGGCCUCCGCCAAAGACCGCAUCUGGUUACGGGAAAUAUACCAACUCAGAGUCCGACGGGCCUCCACAGGCACCCGAGUCUAGUGACAGAGAAUACGCGCCACGAUUACCGACUAGACCCAAACCUCCACCGAAGGAUCUCAGAGGUACUCCCUCUCCAGUCAAGCCCAGUACCCCUGGCAACUCGGCUCAACCCGUAAAGCCAAGUCCCAUCGAAACGAUACCUUCUCAGCGCACAGCUCAACGACCUGCGGCGCCCCCGAAGCCCAAGAAACUCCAAACAGGAGGGAAUCCCUCUUCGUCCACCGAAGUCGACCCUGCAAGUGCUGCGACAGAAGACUGGGAGCGAAAUUUUAGUCGACGAUACCCAAGUCUUUCUGGCCUUGAAAUGGUUGAGACGGAGAUUGACGUUCCGAAAUUAUCGUCUAUCCGCACCAGAGAAGUAUAGUUCGAUAGAUCGGGAAAGUUCAUCUUGCUUGGUCAUUGAUUUUUUUUUUUUCUGGCUUUGAAUGACAAAUCAAUUUAGCGCAUGGUUCUACGCAUAUGUACAUACAUGACACACACAUCCCAUACAACCGACGUAUAUAUAUGAGAGAAAAACGUGCUACUUUUGUGAUGCAUAUGAUGCAUGCAUCUGUGUACGGCUACUGGAUAGCUAAGUUUUGCUUGUUGUUGAUUUACCCUCGGACAAUUUGGAAGGAGAAUAG